UCAGGAAGCCGGCCCGCCCGGGCCUGGAAGUGGGCUUCCUUCAUUCUUAAUAGCAACGGUCCCAUGAUUAAAAGCAAAGAGUACAAUCGCCCCAAAUACCUUGUCCCAGAACCAAAGAGGAUUCCAAACAGGGCCCUCGAACGCAAGGGGAUCAUCAGCCAGCGCCUUGCUCGGCUGCCACUUCUGCAUGUACAUAAGUACGCGCAAAAUCUGCGCAAGUUUGGUCACAAUCGUCCACACGAAUAUGAUGGGCAUGGCGAGGAAGUAGACCAGUAUGCCGGCGAUACAGAGGGCUACGUGGCUCUGAAACGUUAGGGCUUGCCUAGGGACUCCGAUGUUGCGCAGUUUGCUGCCGUUGAGGAAAAUGACGGAGAAGAAUAUGCUGCAGACGAAGAAGAAGAUGAACAGGGCGAUGAUGACGGGGAGCCAGUCGGAUUGGAAGGAGCUUUGGCUGAUGUCGAAAGAUGUCAUCGCUUCGUUAGGGCAGGGGGUUCGCGUUGGAGCGAGGCCUGGAUGGUUGGUGGUGCCGCUGUCUGGGACUGUGCUGUUUGUUGGCGUGGUGUCGUUGAGUCGUCGGACGACGGUGGUGAAGGUGGUAUGGUGGAAAGGCAGCUUGCUAUGUUUAUCCUGGCGAGGGAACAGUGGUGAACAUGUUUCGGAGAAUGGUUAUAGCUUGGUAAUUCUACCACGCCGACUUCAAAGUCAAUUUGCAAGAGCCUUCUGCCCCAAGAAAUUUAGCAUUAUACCUCAUAAGCAGUCCCCAUCUAAUAGUGCCUCUGUCAUCUUAGUCGUUACUGAUGUUAGCUUUACU